UCUCUUUUCCCCGACACCUCUUUCUCUCAACGCCGAUGCUACAUCUGUAGCUCUGACAAAGAGCUCUGGGGUGUUGAAAGUAUUGCGAUCCUCGUAGGAGGUGUUGCCAAUACGUUGCAGCGUUCUGAACCCUCGACUCAACUUCCUACCCCGCAAUCCUGAGCCUCCAGUUUGAGGACAUACAAGCACCAUCCCAGACUCGAUCUCAGCGCAAAGAUGUCUUCAGGAUCGCUGAAAGACCUAUCGAAAGCUCUUACGGCCGUUUCGGCGAAUCUUACUCUUCCUCUUCCACACGAGCUUGUCAGAGUGUUGGACGCGUAUAUCGAUAAGCACUCCCCACAAGACGAGCAAGAGUCUCAGUCCCUACAAGAAGAAUUGCUAGAAAUAUACGAAACUUCGUUUCUUGGCCGUCCUGCGAGUCUAGCUCCGUUCUUACGCGUUCUUCACAGUCUGAAGCCUGUCUUGCGAGGUUCUGGUAGAUCGCUACAAUGGUGGGACAAGCUUUCUACACCAGUGAUGUUGAAUCUCGGCAGAGAAAAGUUGUUGGCGAUUGAAGCGAGCAAUACUCUCCGCGACACUCUGGUCUAUGACGAAGAAGAAGAAGCUUCUCGACUAGAAGAUGCACAAGCUACCAGCGAUGCUGUGGGAGAGAGUUUACUGGCAAUGUGGUUGGAGAAGAGGAAUCUUGCGGUUGAUCAGCUUGACCCGCACGCAUCCUUUGUGGUCAAGCAAAUACAAUUGAUCUUGAAUGCAUAUGGAAAGAAAAGACCUAAGGACUUCUUGCAAUUGAUCAACAAAAUCUUUGUCAAGAAGAGUAGUAGAAUUCCUGCCUUAUCCCUUCUUUGCGACUUCUUCAGACACCAACCUCCCCACCUUCACCAACUUCUACAAACACCACUAUUCGAUAAUCUAUUGCAAUGUUUGCAGAUAGAUACUUCUACUAGAGUCAUCUCGCUAGCUAUUACCGCCCUUGUUAUGUUCUUGCCACACAUACCAAGCUCAGCCGCAGACCACCUUCCUGCACUGUUCAACAUAUACAGUCGCUUACUCUUCUGGGACCGAGAACGACAAGCAGCAGACAUAUUGCCACGGACAGGGCUAGAGCUAGGGACAGAAGACGAAACUAUCAUGUCAGAAAAACAACCCUUGGGGAAUGGAAAAUCCUGGGAUAAGCUCUCGUAUUUGCUGGAGUCUGAUGACGAUUCAGUACCACAACUUGCAAAUUAUUUCACCUUCCUUUAUGGCCUCUAUCCCAUUAAUUUCAUGAGCUAUAUUCGAAAGCCACAAAGAUACCUCAGACAUGCCAACUUCCCCGGGUCCGAUGAUCUGAAUAUUGAGCCUGCUGAAAUUCGACAGAGAUCUGAACCAUAUCGCCAAGUCCACCUGUUGCAUCCCAACUUCUUCACGCUUACUCUGGAAUCUGAAAUUUCGGAUAAGGAGCGAUGGAUGAAGACAGAAGCAGCUGAUGUCGUUGGUGAAUGCAUGGCUCUUGCUCUAUAUGUUCAUACCGAAGAAACAACUCGGGCUGUGGAAAUAUCUCGAACUAAGAAUAUUGAGCCAGAUUCAGACAUCCCAAGCCAGUCUCUCCUCGACGCUGAAGCAGCAACUCCUUACCAGUCACGGCACUCUAGUUGGCGAAAUACACAAUCUACUGCUGUAGCCUCACCUGAAGGCCAUCGUUCAUUAGGUCUGCACCGGAAGCUUUCACAAGCCAGCCAGUCCAUGCCAUCUAUCACAGACUCUCCAUCCCUUCAUCCUGCAGACCUUCUUGAUAGCCCUACACUUCCGCCGCAAAUGCUCACUUCGCCACCCAACAAUCGCCUAUCAGAUGUGUUGAGCUCUCAGAAAUCUUUGCGGGGUAGCUUAUAUCAAGCCCUCACAAAUGAUUCUGUUGUCUCGCUUGCUCUCUCAAACAAUCAUCAUGAUCCGGCUGUCGAUGCCUACCUGGAAAGUCUCUCUAGAGAUCAUGCUGCUCGAUUGCCAAGAGAUGAUCCAACUCUCAAGAUUGACUAUCUUCAACGCGAGAUUGAAUUGUUGAAGAAUGCCCUUAACUUCGAGCGUUACCUAAAGCAACAGCAUGUAUCAUACAUUGGCCAAUUGCGCAACAAGCAGAAUCGUGAGGUACGGACAGAGGCUGAUUUUCAGAACCUUGUAAAUUCAAGUCGAACCUACAAAGCUAAGCUCGAGGACGCGAAGCGACUGAAUACUCAGAUGCGGACAGAAACCGAGAGAUCUAAGGAAAAUAGCAGGAACUGGGAAGCACAGUUAACAACGAAGUUACGCGCGUUGCGUGAAGAGCAGAAGAACUGGAUGACCGAGCGAAACGCACUGAGGCGUGCUCUCGACGAAGCCAAUGAGCAGGUCACCAAGCUCAAGAAUAUCGUGGUUUCAACUGAGUCGAAAGAACUGCGUACGCGGCAAAUGGUGGAGAGUGCUCAAAAUAGUCUCGAUGAACUAGAGCGCCUUCGUAUCGAAGUGGAGGAUCUUAAGCUCAAAGUCAUCAAAUAUGAGGUUAUGGAGCUUGCUGCUUUCAGAGCCCUUGAGAGUGAGCAAGCUACUCUGAAUCAAAUUGUCAUUUUGGAGAUGGAGAUCAAAUCUCGCGAUAUGGAGCUUGCAAAGUCUAAGAAAGCUUUCGAAGAUGCAUUAGAAGCUACUCGCUUGCAAGCCAGCCAAGGAAUCGGUCAUAAUUCCCAGAACGGCAAAGGUCAUGACGGGAAGCUUGCUAGGUUGACACGAGAAGUCCUAGACAAAGGCAUGGCAUCAUUGCGCGACAGGAAUGCGCAACUCGCUGAAGAAAAUGCUACCCUCAAGAAGAAAUUGCUUGAUAUGCACAUCAAACUCGACGCCCUUCAGUCAAUCCUCACAAACCCCGAUGCAAUGAACCUUCCCGAUACUGCACUAUUGUCCCGGUCUACAAGUCCGCCACCAUUUCGAGAGCUAUCCCCGACUUCUCUACCAUCCUUUGAUUCCAUGGGCUCGCUGUCCAGUUAUUUGAGCAAUUGGAGUAGCUCGAGUGACUCGCCACUCAUCCCACCGACAAAUCCACAGUCACAACCCCCUCGUCGCUCCUAUCCAAAGCCAACACCAAAUGUGGAUACUUCUUAUCGAGAGAGAACCUCCACUGGCGCAUAUCAUAGAGAAUCAUCCACCGAGAGGACUCCAACAGGGGUAGAUGCACCAGUCCAAUACUUCCAAGCUGCUCAACAUUUCAGUUCGUCUCCACUCGCAGCGUCAAGUGCAAGUCAGGCGAAUUCUGGUACCGCUAGUAGUCGCACUGGCAGUCGUGGGAGCAACGAUAGCCGAACUAAUAAGACACCAAGGAUUGAAGUGCAGAGUGAGACUAGAGUUUAUGGUCGAGGAGGUGUUCAAAACGUAGGCCGGAAAGAUAAAGCAGAGAUCGCAAAGCAGAAGAAAGAGGCCGCAGCACUUGCAAAAGACACUCAGCCAGCAGAGCCAAAGAAGGAGAAGAAAGGUCUGAGCCUCAAAGGCAUUCGUGGCUUUGUAUGAAGAUUCGAGACAUCUGAGGCAUCUGUGGAUUUGUAUAACUAUUGUAAAGAACAGAAAGGUUUUUGGGAAUCGGAGAUUGAGGUCAACAGGACUCAUCCAAUACGCAAUACAUUUGCGAUAUGGCAAGCGGCGAUGAUGCUAAAACAAUUAAUGAAUCAAAGCAUAAUCAUUAGUAC